GGCGCGCGGCGUACCGCCGCACUUGUUCGGCCAACUGGGCCCGCGCGUGCAGCACAUGCUCAGCAAUGCCCCGGACGGCCGCGGCUGCAAGAUCCAGCAGCUGCUUCAAGGCCUGCAGGCGUCAGGCGAUGAGAACCAACAGCUUCAGGCAGUGAUAGAGCUGGGCCAGCUGCUAGUGAUGGGCAACGAAGACACACUGGCCACCUUCCCAGUCAGCAAAGUCAUACCGCCGCUGAUUAGACUCAUACAGAUGGAUCACAACUUCGAUGUGAUGAACCAAGCAUGCCGCACGCUGACGUACCUGCUGGAGACGCUGCCGCACAGCUCGGCGACGGCGGUGGCGGCGCUACCGGCGCUGCUGCGCAAGCUACAGCGGAUCUCCUGCAUGGACGUGGCAGAGCAGGCACUGGUGGCCCUCGACCUCAUCAGUCGCCGGCACAGCAACGGAGUGCUGCAGGCGGGUGGCGUCGCCUCCUGCCUGGCCUUCAUCGACUUCUUCUCGGUGGCGGCGCAGCGGUCGGCGCUAUCCGUGACAGCCAACUGCUGCCUCUCGCUGACGCCGGCCGAGUUCCACCGCAUCAGCGACCACCUGGCACCGCUGGCCAGGCGGCUCGCUCACGAGGACCAGAAAGUUGCUGAGGCCGCCUGCCUGGUGUUCUGUCGGCUCGCCGAGACCUUCAAGACGGACCCGCUCAAAGUACAGGCGAUCGCCGACAGCGGAGCGCUCAUCAACGUCCAGCAGCUGCUGGUGGCGUCCCCGGCCGUGAUCGGCAGCUCCACCUUCUGCGAGGUGGCGCGCAUGCUGCGCAUGCUCUGCAGCCACUGCCCGGACAUCGCCGUCCGCCUGCUCUCCGAGAACAUGGCCGAGACGCUGCGUACGCUCCUAUCCGGAGACACGGAGCAGAUGGCGCAGCAGUCGCGGAACUCGGAGGAGGUGUACGCGCUGGUCUGCCUGCUGGCUGAGAUGCUGCCGGCGCUGCCGGCGGCUGGACUGUUCGACGUCGAUCAGUGGCUCAGCAGGGUUCCGCCGCGACCGACCAGCUCUCACGACCGGGACAGCGUUGUAUGGCAGUGGCAGGACGAUGAGGGAAGUUGGCACAACUUCUCUGAGGCAGACAGUGCUGCGAUACAGGCGGCGGCCCGCUCAGACGGCAGUCGGGACCCGUCGCGGCCCGAGCUGGCCAACCUGCCAUCGCGCUCUCGGGCGGAAAUAAUCGAGAUGCAGGAGAUGUCGGUGCACCUGGCCGGCUUGCUGUCCUCGACGGAUGUGAAGAUGGUGGUGGCCGGAGUCCAACUGUCAGAGACCCUGAUGCAGAAGCUGCCAGACCUGUGCAGGGUGCACUACAAAAGAGAGGGGGUGGUGCACCACAUGACGUGUCUGGCGGCCGGGGACGACCCUCUGGAGGGAGUCGGCAGCAGGACCGCACGCCCGGCCCAGGUUGGCGAGACGUCCACCGACAUGUGA